CACCUGAAAGCCGAUAGUUGCAAGCUCCAUUCGCUCUUUUACCUCAGUCGAGCAGUGCUCCCCUCAACACUCUUUACCAAGAUACAGACUCACCGGCUCUUUGCGCUGUCUUGUCCAGUCUCAUCUAAGCCGCACGGUGUCACAUUGAACAAAGCUUCCCAUCGAAAGCUCUUCUCGGUCCUUGCCACGUUUCUUAGCGUCUUAUUCAACUGAGCAGUCUCGACCUCUAGCCUCUUCGCGGCCUUCCUGUCGAGUAUCUCAGCGGUGAAACGUCCCUUGAACAACAAAACAAAUCCAGAUAUAUCGUCUGUUGUAUAUAGCCUCCAACCAAGCAAAAUGCGCGUGGGUGCUAUCUUGACUGCCAUCUUCCUGGCUGGAACCCAGCUUGUCGCUGCGGAGGACGCAUCGUCCACCAUGACCACCACCCGGACGCUCACCAAGACUCUUGUCCGCGCCGUGGCCACGGCCACAGUGACACCGUCUUCCUCCGUCGCCGUCGCAUCCAGCUCUGCUGCUGUCACACCCUCUCGCGCGGCUAGCGCCUCGGCCUCGGCCUCUGUCUCUGCUAGCAGCACCCAGGCUUCGGCAAGCCCAAGCCACGCCAACGCUGCCAUGAGUGUUGGCACGGGCAGUAUUCCUGCUGCACUCGUUGCUGGCUCUUUUGCGCUCAUCAUGGGUGUGGCUGUUUAGGUUACCCUUCUAGGCAACCGGGGCGGAACUAUGAAACCAGGAGGCGGUAUCGUCAAUUGCUGAUGCCGGCCUCUUUUGGAUACAUUGGCCCUUUUCUUCUUCUAUCCUGUUUAUAACUUUUGUGCCAGAUCUGGCGGGGCCUUUUAUCCUUGAUUCUCCUGGAGAGUGAGUGGACGGGGUUAUUUCAACGAUUCAACUUCUCUUCUUUGAUCAGCAGACGGUCCCAAUGAGACGUGGAAGCGGGGGACUCCUGUUGGUUACUUCUUUU